AACUUUUUACGUGGCACAAUGCUACAUGAAAAUAGGAAAUCUGGCCAAUCCCUUUAUCUCCCACCAUCCGUUAAAAUUUGCAAAUUCAAUGAGCUACAGCAGCUAGUUUGGAAUAUACUAGGAGUGCUUUUAUAGUACAAACCUUCUCUCUCUCUCCAUUAUCACUGCAAGACUUGUUGAAGAUCUGCUAAAUUAAUCGAAAUUUUGUGUGAAGUUAUCAGGGAAAAUGACGAGGAGGAAAAUUCAGAUUAAGAAGAUCGACAACGCGACGGCAAGGCUGGUGACUUUCUCAAAGAGGAGGAGGGGGCUUUUUAAGAAAGCUUUUGAGCUCUCAACUCUCUGCGAUGCUGAUAUUGCUCUCAUGGUCUUUUCUGCAACUGGAAAGCUCUUUGAGUACGCCAGCUCAAGUAUGCAGCAGGUAAUUGAAAGACAUAAUCUACACUCGGAUAAUCUUGGAAAAAUGGACCAACCAUCUCCUGAGUUGCAGCUUGAGAACAGUACCUCCUACACCAUGUUGAGCAAGGAAAUUGAGGAGAAAACACGUGAACUGAGGACGAUUAAGGGAGAAAAGCUCCAUGGAAUGGAUAUAGAAGAAUUACAGAAACUAGAGAAAGUGCUUGAAGUAGGCCUGAGCCGUGUUCUAGAAACAAAGGGUGAAAGAUUUCUGGAAGAGAUCACUGUCCUUCAGCGAAAGGGAGCCCAAUUGAUGGCAGAAAACCAACGAUUAAAACAGAAUAUGUUUAGCACUCAAACACAUGUACUUGAACAAGGUCAGUCAUCUGAGUCAAUCAGUAAUAUUUGCAACUCAUCUGAUCCUCCUCAAGACAAUGACAGUUUAGACACUUCUCUCAAGUUGGGGACAAACACUGGAGUUAGCAACAACAUACUCAACUUCACAAGUGGAAAGCAUCACAAUUGGCUGCUUCUUGGACGUCCACGUAAAUGCAAUAUCACCCAUAUAGAAUACAAAACCAGUAGUACUCUUUCUAUCAUUGGUGUCUUCGGCCCAAUCACUAUCACUAUAGCCAACAAGUUUAAAAUCUUUAGAGGGUGAAUACAAUAGUCCAUAAUCCAGUGUACCUUUUAAAUAGCGAAGAAUUCUCUUGGCAUUCUUCAAAUGAGUCAUCGUCAGUGCUUCCAUGUAACGAUUAACUAGUACAACGCCAAAAAGAAUGUUUGGUCUUGUGCAUGUUAGAUACCUGAGACUUUCAACCAAACUCUUGAAGAAUGUUAGAUUAACCUUCUCUUUAUCGUCGUGCUUUGAUAACUUCACUCCACAUUCUACAGGGGUGCUAACUGGAUUGGAAAUUAACAUCUCAAACUUCUUGAGAAUAUCCUCUGCAUAACCUUCUUGGGAAAUAAAAAUCCCAUCCUCCAUCUGCUUCACUUCAAUGCCUAGAUAAUAGGCCAUAAGUCCAAUAUCUAUCAUUUCAAACUCCUAAGUCAUUGCUUUCUUGAAGUCUUCAAACAUACUUGGAUUGUUGCCUGUAAAAAUCAAAUCAUCUACAUACAAACAAAUAAUUAAAAUAUCUCCAUUUUUA